UGACAGUUGUCAGUGCUACGUGUUGCGGCUCACAUUGGGAGGAGGCCCGGGCAACUGGGUUAACUGUCGCGCCAGGACUUCGAUAUCCGGUACUAUUUCCAAUGGGCCAGGUAAUUGGAUGUGAUCUGUAUUUCAAAUGCUCGAUUCCUUUACUAGGGGUGCUGCUGUGUGCCCAGUCUGCCCCCUGUUUGGACCCACGCCCCUGUACCAUUCCGUCAUAUAAGCUGGGCAUCCAACCCAACCCGAUUACCAUCCACCCUCUGAAGACAGGGAUUAACACGCUGUUAUCUCGCCCCCUUUUUAAGCGUGCCUGUGCCCUGUUUUAGCAAAAGUGAGGUCAGACUUAUUAUCUCCAUAUUGAGAAUUCAACCUCCUCUCAAGAUUUGGAUUGUUUCUUACCAAUGGGUCAAGGAGGAUGGAUCGACAUAGUAAACGGGAC